AUGCCCUUAACCAAUAUGUUAGAAGUUGAAGUUUUUUAUUGUUGGGGCAUUGAUUUCGUUGGUCCGUUUCCUCCCUCUUUCGCUAAUGAGUACAUUCUUGUUGCCGUUGACUAUGUAUCUAAGUGGGUGGAAGCACUUGCGACACCUAAGGCCGACUCUAAAACAGUGAUCAAAUUCUUAAAGAAAAAUAUCUUCUCACGUUUUGGUGUGCCAAGGGUGUUGAUAAGUGAUGGAGGUUCUCACUUUUGUAAUACACCUCUGGAAAAAGUUUUAGAACAUUAUGGUGUAAAACAUAAGGUGACCACCCCCUAUCACCCACAAGCAAAUGGUCAAACGGAAGUAUCAAAUAGAGAGGUAAAGAGAAUUCUUGAGAAAACGGUCUCGAGCUCUAGAAAAGAGUGGUCAUUGAAACUAGAUGAAGCUUUGUGGGCAUAUCGUACUGCCUACAAAGCUCCUAUUGGACUAACCCCUUUUCAGAUGGUCUACGGAAAAACGUGUCACCUCCCGGUAGAGCUGGAACAUAGAGCAUUGUGGGCUCUUAAAUUUCUGAACUUUGAUACCACUCUGGCCGGCCACAAAAGAAAAGACCAACUCCAUGAAUUGGAAGAGUUAAGGGACCAGGCGUAUCACUCCAAUAAGCUCUACAAAGACAAAGUCAGAGCUUAUCAUGAUAAAAAGGUCCGAUGCAAAAGUUUUCAUGAGGGGCAGAUGGUGUUGCUAUUCAAUUCGCGGCUUCGAUUGUUUCCCGGUAAACUUAAAUCAAAAUGGUCUGGACCAUUUGUGGUGAAGGAAGUGAGGGACUAUGGAGCCAUUGUGAUUGAGGAUCCCAAGUCUAAGGAAAGCUGGACAGUUAAUGGUCAAAGACUUAAGCUUUAUCAUGGUGGGGAAGUGGUGCGCGAAUCAUGUGCUGUGUUACUUAAUGAUCCGUGA